AUGAAGGCCAGCACGGGAGAGGUCUGCGCAGAGGGUGAUGAGCUGUGUCGAAAGCUGGAGAAGGCGGCCGUGAGGAUCCAGGCAUGGUGGCGUGGCAUCAUAGUGCGCCAGGCGCUGCUCCACGCGGCGCUCAGGGCCUGGGUCAUCCAGUGCUGGUGGAGGUCGAUGCAGGCCAAGAUGCUGGAGCAGAGGCGGCGUCUGGCGCUGAGGCUCUACACCUGUCAGGAGUGGGCAGUGGUGAAGGUGCAGGCGCAGGUUCGCAUGUGGCAGGCCCGCAGACGGUUCCUCCAGGCCCGCCAGGCGGCCUGCAUCAUCCAGUCUCACUGGCGCUGGCAUGCCAGCCAGACCCGAGGCCUGAUCCAGGGCCGCUAUGAGGUCAGAGCCAGCCGGCUGGAGCUGGACAUCGAAAUCCUCAUGACCUAGGGCGCUGGCGGGGCCAAGGAGGCUGGAUCUCUCUUCCAAUAAAGAGGCUCACCGACCA